AAACUGAAUUUGCACAUUGAGUUUGCUCGGUGUUUAUUAGCGUACUCCGUCUUUUCACUAUUCUGUAUGAGCUACUUUAUAACUUAAAUACAUCCAGUGCAAACGUCAAUGAGAUAACGAUCGCAUUUCUUCAUCUAACAAUGGAUCAUCAAAUGAGAUCGACAUUCUGCACGGUUGUCAAUAAAUGCGACGACGCUAAGUAUUUGUGCUAUUUCCACGAGAAAGCCGGGGCGUUUAACAUUGGAAUGACCAACGCUUCAGAUGUUUGGAGCACGGAUUUCACAGAGGACACCUUGACCCAGCAUAUGAAGAGAUUUGCCUUGAAGUCACCUGAAAGUUACGUCCCAAAAAUUAGGGAUGCCUGUCAGACAGGCAUGGCGUCGGUGAGCCUGGAGGGGGACUCGGCCCUCCUGCACUUGGGGGAUGGCCUUAGCGUGUCCCUGUCCCGGCUGGGCAGCCCGCAGUCCCAUGGGGAGCUGCGGGAGCUGCUCUUCAGGAUGGCUGAGAGCCUGAGCUGCACGGGCAGCCCGGCUCCUGUCAGUCCCAUGAAGAACGUGCGGGGAGGGCGUGCAGAAUUUGAGCCUAGGAGGCACCAAACUGGGCCUAUUCUGGCAGUAAGGAAGCGCAUUCCUGGAGACUCCCUCAUCAAUCCGGGAAGCAAAAGUAAGAAGACCGCAACUGGUGUCUUGUUUGAUGAGUGAGGAUCUCUGAAUAUGGACAUUAAAGUCUUCUGGUCCCCAACACUGAUGCAUGUACCAUAAACCACUCAGUAUUCAGUAUGAAAUGUCGUAAUCUGUGAUUAUAUAUCCUUUUAAUCCUCUCAAGUAUGAAUUUCCAUUCAGAACAUGAUGCUGUUUUUAAUAAUGCCCUCCUUUUUAAGCUGUGGACUUGACACAUAAUUUUUAAUGUGGUGAUAUGUCGAUGAACUCCCAUUGUUUUAAAAAAUAAAUAAAUGUAUUUGUAAUAAACUAA